AUGGUCUUCGUGCACCUCGCCCUGCGGGCCGUGUGGCUGCUGAUGGACUCCCUCCGGGACGACGUGUUCAUCGAGUACCGCCGCACGGUGUGCUGCGAGGGCUCCGGUCCAGGCGGCUUCCCCGCCGCGCGCACGGAGGAGAUCUCGGUGGGCGGCGAGCGCGAGCUGCGACGGAUCCACCGCGCGGUCGGCGAGGACGGCGUCCUUCGGGAGGACGUCAGGCUGGAGAGGGCGCACCUGGCCAGGGGCUCCAGGCUGCUCCUGCAGGGCGGCAUGGCGGGCAGGGCCCACAAGGACGACCUGCUGGAGCUGGCCCCCGAGGACACCCUCGUCUUUGCCGUCACGACCCGCCCAGCGGCCUUCGGCGAGGGCCGCCUGUCGGGUGCGCGCGCGGCCGUGGACGUGCUGUGGCAGGGCUGCGUCUACCUCACCCUGGACCUGCUGCCUACGCUCUGGGCCCUCUUCGGCUCCGCCUCGGUCUCCCCCUGCCCCAUGUUGUCUCCUUCAUUUGUUAUCCUCCUUCUUCUCCUCCUCCUCCUCCUCCUCCUUCUCCUUCUUCUUCUUCUGCUCGUGCCGCCGUGUCCUCGUGCGCCCCCUGCAGGGGCUGGCGUUGCGGAGGCUGCUGGUGGGCCCCGGCGCGGGCGCGCCCCCGGGGUCGCCCGCGCGGCGGCGGAGCUCCCUGGCGCGCGCCAGCGCCCUGGAGCAGGCGCAGCAGGUGCUCGGCGCUUGCCCCGGCGAGGUGCUCGGGAGCUUCCACGAGGCGCCUGGCCGCGAGGACUGGUUGAAUCUUUGCGUUUCCGCGCGCGAAUGCACCUCGGGAGUCCGCUGCGGACGCGUGCUGCUCGUGUACAUCGCCCUGGCUGGCGCCCUCACCUUCGGCGCAUCCCGCACGUCGUGGCUGCGUGGGGACGUGCGGACGGAACUUGA